AUGUGUUUUUUUUUCAGAUAAAUAUAUGUUUUAAUUAGAGAACUUUCAUUGGUCAAAAUGUCAGGGAAUAAAACUGGGAAUAUAACCAUCCUUGGUCCUGUUAGUAAUAGGAUAAAUAAAGGUCCAGAUCUUUCAGUUCUUAAGCCUCCAAUCCUGACAACAAUAACAGGCAUGAAACAGGCAGUACACAGCCUCGAGACUGGUUCCUUGGAGGUUAAACGUGUUCUGCUGAACGAGGCCAACCUUAUUUACGAGUGCAAAGUCUGCCUUGGGAUGUUUAGGAGUAUAGCUAAUCUAGUCGCACACAAGCGUUCCUUUUGCAAGGAACUGUCCAGCAAUGUGAACCACAAGUUCUCCGGACAGGACAAGGAAAAUCAGACCACUGUGGUGAUCAAGGCGGAGGAUACACAAUGCUCCUCCGACCCUGAGAACUGGAAUAUGGAUAAUUAUUCACCUAGUAUGGAUCUCAUCAGAACCUCAGGGAUUAUCAAUGACAUCCUCUUCGCUCCUCUUGUGAACAAAUUGAAGCCCGAGAAAUCUCGUGAUCUUAAAUCUGUUGCAACUUAUCUCACCGCCAUAGCUUCACAAGAUCCUAACUCUGUUUACAGGUUUUUUUACUUCUUAAAUUUUCCUUGGGUUUUUAAUUUUUUUACAAAUUAUUAUUUUUAUGAAUUUUUAUAA